UCUUGCGUCCAACCGUUAAAGACGAAGAUCGACGCAGCCUCUUCCAGCAUCAUCGUCUCCACCCUCCAUCAUCUUUUAUUGGGAAUAAGCGUCCACAAAACUGGAGUCUCUCUGUACUUCCGCAGUUAAAUCUAACUUCUGACAUCAGCAUGUCUGACAAGAGUGAGCUGAAGGCUGAGCUGGAGAGGAAGAAGCAACGGAUUGCCCAGAUCCGGGAGGAAAAGAAGAGAAAGGAAGAAGAGAAAAAGAAGAAGGAUCAGGGAGAAUCCAAACGUGGAGCUGAGGGAGGGCCAGUUGGCAGCGAAGACUCGGAUCUGGAGAGGAAGAGGAGAGAAGCUGAGGCUCUGCUUCAGAGCGUGGGCAUCACCCCUGAUGUCCCCCAUGCUCAGCCCCUGAGGGUAGUAACAGAAGAUACGUGUCUGUUUCACUACCUAGUCCCCGCCCCCAUGUCUCCCUCCAACAAAUCAGUGGGCAGCGAUGCUGGAAGCCAAGAUUCCGGGGACGGAAACGCAGGACCAAGGACUUUGCAUUGGGAUCCUGACCCCUCUACUCUGCAACUCCACUCCGACUCUGAGCUGAUGGGACGUGGAACGGUAAGACUUGCGAUGUCCAAACUGAUCCAGGUGGAUAUUGUCCCAAAGGAAAUGGUGUCCUACUCCAAGGAAACGCAGACACCCACAGAGGCAUUGGCUCACAUGGAUCAAAAAGCAGAUGAAGAAGAGGAUGAAGAGAUAAGUGCACCCCCGUUGACAGAGGAUACCCAGGAUGAAAAAAAUGAGCAGAGUGAACAGCAGGAGGAAGACACUCCCAAGGAGCUGACAGAAGAGGAGAAGCUGCAGGUCCUUCACUCCGACGAGUUCCUGUCGUUUUUCGAGCACGGCAGCAGAAUUGUGGAGCGAGCUCUGGCUGAGCAGGUGGACGUCUGUUUCGACUACAGUGGGAGAGAUCUGGAGGAUAAGGAGGGUGACUUGCAAGCAGGGGCAAAACUGGUUUUGAAUAGACAGUUUGCAGAUGAGCGCUGGACCAAAAACCGUGUGGUCACUUGCCUCGACUGGUCUCCUCAGUACCCAGAGUUGCUGGUGGCCUCGUAUAACAACAACGAGGACGCUCCACAUGAGCCUGAUGGUGUGGCACUAGUCUGGAAUAUGAAGUACAAGAAGGCCACUCCUGAGUACAUCUUCCACUGCCAGUCAGAGGUGAUGUCGGCUGGCUUUGCGAAGUUUCACCCUAACCUGGUGGUGGGUGGGACUUAUUCCGGGCAGAUAGUCCUCUGGGACAACAGGAGCAACAAGCGCACUCCUGUUCAGAGAACUCCCCUGUCUGCAUCUGCACACACACACCCAGUCUACUGUGUGAACAUCGUCGGAACCCAGAACGCUCACAACCUGAUCAGCAUUUCCACCGAUGGGAAGAUGUGCUCCUGGAGCCUUGACAUGCUCUCCCAGCCGCAGGACAGUCUGGAGCUGGUGUUCAAGCAGAGCAAGGCUGUGGCUGUAACAUCCAUGGCAUUCCCUGUAGGGGAUGUAAAUAACUUUGUGGUAGGAAGCGAGGACGGCUCAGUGUACACGGCCUGUCGCCAUGGCAGUAAGGCGGGCAUCACAGAGGUGUUUGAAGGCCAUCAUGGUCCUGUGACUGGACUGAGCUGUCACAGUGCUGCAGGACCUGUUGAUUUCUCUCACCUCUUCAUCUCCUCCUCUUUUGACUGGACUGUCAAACUGUGGAGCACAAAGAGCACCCGUCCUUUGUACUCAUUCGAGGACAGUUCUGACUAUGUUUAUGACUCAAUGUGGUCUCCAGCACAUCCUGCUCUGUUUGCUUGUGUGGACCUAUCUGGAAGGCUGGACCUGUGGAACCUCAACAAUGACACUGAAGUUCCAACUGCUAGUGUGUGUGUGGAAGGAUCUCCAGCCCUGAACCGUGUGAGAUGGUCUCAUUCUGGAAAAGAGAUUGCCACUGGAGACUCAGAUGGACAGGUGCUGGUGUACGACGUAGGGGAGCAAAUCUGCGUACCCAAAGCAGACGAGUGGACGCGUUUUGUCAGGACGCUGGCUGAAAUCAAUGAGAACAGAGACGAAGCUGAAGAACUGGCGAACGUCUGAUCCUUUAACACCCCCCUCCUAACCUUUAGUAAAAUUCCUCUCCAGUACACUACACAUCUAUAGCACAUUAUAUGACACGGCCAGAAGAGUCGCGCUCUCUUCUCUGAUUCCCAGCAUUUUCUUCCACCAGACCGUGGGCCGAGGAGAUGUGCAGAGCUAGAAUGAACAGUUUUAGAUACGUUUUAGAGGAAAGAGAGUUCAUGUAAAGCGGCUGCAGUUAAAAGUUGGAUUUAGAGGGCUACAUGAAGGUGAUUUUCAGCCUAAUCUGAACUUCUAGCUGUGAUUACAUCCUCAGGGCUUCAGGAACUGCUUCUCUCCUUAGGCCUCGACCAAUAUUUUUUUACAUAUGCAAACCUUUGUACUUGCACCUUUUUAUUACCAUUUGGGUGUUUUACAUAAUAUUUUAAAGCCACACUUAUGCUUUUGCUGAAGCUGGCACAGUCUUGCUACAGAAAUGGAAUUAGGAGAAGCUGCGUUGUAGAUCUUCGGCAGGACAGGACCAACAUAAUGAAUGUGCUCACGACCGAGUCAUGCUUACAUUCUAAUCGCUACUAUAUUUAAUAUUUAUUACUGUGGCUGCACUUGUUUUUUUUUAUUAUUCUGUAUAUGUUUCUUUGUAUCAAGUACUUCAAGAGUACAAUCUUGAAUUGGGCACUAGAAGCUAUUAAUAUGUUCCUAGCUUGGAUUUAAUGAUACUGCAAUUAUUUUUUUCCUGUAACCAUGAUUAAUGACUUUGUGCCCAUGUACUAAAAGCAGGACUUAUUCUCUUGAAGAGAAAUGUAAAAUAUGUUGUUUUAAAUGAAGGUGAACCACUGAGGUGGAAAACUUUUUUUCUAGAGAUGCACAGAAAAAUUUAUGUCUGAUUUCCAAUUUUCAAAGCCGGUUGGAAAGCCAAUAAUAUAGGCUGGUUCUGAUCGCUUAACACUUAAGAGUUGGGUUCAGAAUAAUAGCAGUGUUUGAGUAAAGCUCAAAAUCCUUAGAAUAAUUUUUAUUUCAAUGUAUUGGGGAUGCUGCACAUUAUAUUCUAAAUCGAUCCAUGAAGAAAAAUGUGUCAAUUUUUUAUUCACUUACAGAAAAUAAGGAAGAAUCAACAUUGGGCUGUUAAAAUAGCAGUACUGCAAACUCAUCUAUUUACUGUAUAAACUGAAAAAUCUUUUGGAUUUAUCAUUCCUGUGAAUCACUAAAUUAAUAUUUAGUUGUAUAACCACUGUCUUUGUGAUGGUUUUGCCUCAGAAACAGCCAUUUUGAGGUCAUCCGACAGGUUUUCAAUCAGAUUAAGGUUAGGCUGAUUGGGCUGGCUGGAACCAAGAUGCUCUUCACUUGCUGGUACAUUUUGGGUUCUUGUUGAAACAUCAAUUUCAAGGUGUAUUUUCUCUUUGGCAUAAGGCAACAUGACCUCUGCAAGUAUUUUGAUGUGCAAACUGAUCCAUGAUCUCUUGUAUGCUAUAAAUAGGUUAUGACACCACAGUAAGAGAAAGAUCCCCAUACUAUGAUGCUUGAACCACCAUGCUUCACUGUCCUCAGUGUAUUGUGGCUACAGUUCAGUGUUUGCGGGUCGUCUGAGAAACUCUUUGUGGUGCGUGGACCCAAACAGAACAACCUUACUUUCAUCAUUACACGAAAUGUUUUUCUUUUUCUCUUCAGGCCAGUUUAUGUGUUCUUUGGCAAAUUGUAUCCCGCUUCAGCACAUCUUUUUUUUUUUAACAGUGGGAUGUUGUGGGGGCUUUAAGCCUAUCAUUUUCUGCACAUCUUUAUACGUUUUCUCCUAUUCAGUUAACCUCUUAAUCAUCAAAAGCGUUGUUUAUCUCAACAAUGCCUGGAACAACCCAUUUUUUGUCAGGUUUUCAGAGAGAAAUGCAUGUACAUGUGCUGGCGUCAUCCUUAAAUAAUCGCCACCUGACUGAAUGAGUGACCUCAAUAACUAAACUCCACACUGCUAUUAUUUUGAACACUUCACUUUCAAUCACAAUAACAGUCUCAGGAGCAAUCAUGUAAUAAAUGUUGGUUCUGUUGGUUUUCUAUGACUCUACUACACCUACUAGUCAAUUAUUUGCCAUGUGGUGAUAUAAUUUCUACCAAAAACAGUGAUUGGUCUGAUUAGUCUAGCUGGACUGCUGUUAUUUUGAACCCAACUAUAUGUAAGUGCUUCCAUGCUUUCAUGUUUACAACAACAGUCUUUGGUGUGGAUGCUGUUGCUGAGCAGAGACUUAAAGUUAGCAAUUGGAUCAGUGAGGUAUUUAAAAAUGAAGUCAGAAGGAUCAGAGAUGUAAAAAGCUAUUUAAAUAGGAAACUACUUUCUGCAACAUGCAGUUAUGGCUGUGAAGGAAUGAGAGAGCACAACACUUUUAGAAGGUAACAUGAAGGCGGUAUUACAGACAAGUUACUCUCUUUUAGGAAACCUGCUGAAUUUGGAAAUGUUGGCAGUCUUCUGGAAAUCUGUUAAACAGCCUGUAUUUUCUGAAGGUUACACACAGGCUGCCACCAACACAAUAUGCUAAAGAUAGUUUAAAACAUCACCUUUAUAACUUUGUCUUCAUUUUAAAAUGAGGAAAAAAUGUCUUUACUGAGACUAUUCUCUCACAUUGUGUGACUUCGCCUCUGCUCCCAAUACAAUUUAUUUUGUAAAGACAAAUCAAAACUAUCAACUGGGUCAAAGCUUUACAAAAAGCUGAGAUUGGAAAUCAGUCACAGAAAUCUGAUUGGUGCAUCUUACUUUUCCACCCUGCAGAACCUAAAAUUGACCUUCAUUAAUUCCAUGAUGUUACAUCCAACCUUGAGCUAAAGCUAGCCGGAGUAGCCGCGUCUGAUGUAUGACAGGACAAGUUCUUUCCAAACAUGGAUUGUAUUGUAAUGAUAUUCCUGAAACAAUAAAUGCUCUCCCUUUUUAAUGGAAAUAAAAACAAACUCAUAAUACAGAUAAAGAUAAAACCAUA